UCUCACCGAGGGGCGGUGCCUGCGCCUGUGCGUCAGGCUGAGGGAAGCCACUGCCCGCUGGGCGCCGCGGGCCUCAGAGGAGGAGCCGGAAGUAGGGCGUUUUGCUCCGCAGCCGUCCGCCCUGCUUCCCGGGGCCGGCGGUGUCCCACUGGGUCUGUUCUGGUCCCCGAAGUCGCCGCCUGUUCCGGGAGCCGGGAGCCCCGAGCCUGGGCUGGGCGGCGUGAACCCGAAAGCAGCGCCAACCCGGCCUGGGCCAUGGAGCCCACCGUGCCGUCCCUGACGGAGGAGGACCUGACUGAAGUCAAGAAGGACGCAUUAGAAAAUUUGCGUGUUUACCUAUGUGAAAAAAUCAUAGCUGAGAGACAUUUUGAUCAUCUACGUGCAAAAAAAAUACUCAGCAGAGAAGAUACUGAAGAAAUUUCUUGCCGAACUUCAAGUAGAAAAAGGGCUGGAAAAUUGUUAGACUACUUGCAAGAAAACCCCAAAGGACUAGACACCCUUGUUGAAUCUAUUCGACGGGAAAAAACACAGAACUUCCUCAUACAGAAGAUAACAGAUGAAGUGCUAAAACUCAGAAAUAUAAAGCUAGAACAUCUCAAAGGACUGAAAUGUAGCAGCUGUGAACCUUUUCCAGCUGGAGCCACAAACAACCUUUCUAGGUCCAAUUCAGACGAGAGUAAUUUCUCUGACAAACGGAGAGCAUCCACCGCCAUGUACCAUCCAGAGGGAGAAUCCAGCACCGCUCCCUUCUUUUCUACUACUGAUGCAUCUCUGAAUUUGCCUGUCCUGGAAGUGGGCAGGACUGAGAACAGCAGCUUCUCUUCAACCACGCUUCCCCGCCCUGGGGACCCUGGUGCCCCUCCCUUGCCACCUGAGCUGCAGCUGGAAGAAGGAGGAACUUGUGCAAGCUCCAGUGAGAUGUUCCUUCCGCUGAGGUCUCGGGCUCUUUCACGCCAGUGACACCUUCCUGCCUUCCUUUAAAUAGUGACAAAAAGUGUUUUAAAGGAUACAAUCUUUUUAUAAAAUCAUUGUAACAAUUUACUUACCUGUCUUUUAAAACACAGUGUAUACUCUCUUUGUAAAUAGGAUUUUUAAAAUAAAAGCAGCAUACCUAUAUGGCAGCUGAGUGUAAAUCGUGUUGGGAUAUACUUUCCAAUAUUUUUUACUUUUUUAGGUGUUUUAAUAGUUUCAAUUUUUUUUUUAUGUUGUAAGACUUAAUUUUUACAGGGAACAUUUCUCAAUUUGGGAAUCAACUCGGGCUGAGAAUAGUGCUUCUUAGUGCAUUUGUACUAGAAAUUUUCAGUCUCAGGUUUUUUUUCCAAUCAUUUAGCAGUAAAUUUUUAGCAAUAAGCUGUUUUUGUUUGUCAUAAAGCCAGCCACUGUGGGAAAGCUGCCAGGGUACCAGGAGGGUCUCCCCCUCGGUCGUCCUGAGAAGUCUAGCAUGCUGGUGGCAUGUGAGCCACUUGUGACCUGUGCCAAGAUUCCUCUCUCCUAAUCUCUCCACUUGAUAUGGCUUCCUUUGGAUUUUUCAGUCUUGGCUUCAUAAUUUUUGUUCCUAAAGAUGAUACUGAUAUGAACUUCAGCUAUUGGAUUGAUGGGAUUUUUAAAAAUUACUUUUGCCUGUUAUGGAGGUGCACACCUUUAGUCCCAACACUACGGGGGCGGGGGGAGCAGAGGCAAGCAGAUCUACAUAGCAAGUCUAGACAACCAGAGCUACAGAGUGAGACCCUGUCUCAAAAAACAUCUUUCUCUGAACUUUUCAUUCUCCUAAUGAGUACUGCUAUAUGGGUGAAAUGACUAGAAUAAUUGAUUUUGGAAUGUGUGUAGUUCUGUUUUUAAUAUUUGAAACAAUCAAGCCAUUAGCAACACCUGUCAUUUCAUUAUAUUACAAAGCUUGACUAACUUUACACAUUUAAAAGAACUGUUUUUAUUUAAAUUAUAAUUUUACCUGUUCCUGACAUCCGCCUCCUAGAUAUUUCUGUUAUUUAAAAAACAGGAAAUGAAAAUUUGGUAUUAACAAUAAAGGGUUUUUUUUUAAUGUAGUACUAUGUUUUAGAAUCAAAAACACAAAAUGUCUAAUUUUCAAAUGUCUAAGCCUUUUGUAUUUAUACUAGUUUUUAAAUAGAAAACAUUAUUCCAAGCCAGAUGUGGAGGCACAUGCCUAUAAUUCUACCAUUUAGGAUCAGGAAGCAAGACAAUCAUGAGUUUGAGACCAUCCUGGGUGAGUUCUAGUCCUGCCUGAGCUACAUAGUGGAGACUGUCUGGAAAGGGGCAAGGGGUGGAGUAGGGAGAAGGAAGGAGAGAAGAGGGAGUUUAAAUGAGAACAUGGCUUGACAUGGGAUGUAAUACAUUACUAAGUUAACUAAUACAGUAACAAAAAAGUUACUUUUCAGGAAUACCAGAUUAACACAGUACAAAAAUAAAAAAUUUGCUCUCA